UUUAUUUAAUUUUUAACCCGCUGCUCUUCGAAUAGAAGACAUAAAACGGCACCGAUGCUGGUGUUUAGUCUAUUUACCGAUGUAUGCCCGUCAUGACAAAAGCUGACAUUUUAGAAUUCUCACGAUGUAUAAAAAGAAAACCAAAACAAAGAUGUAGUCGUGGGCGACGUUUCCAGUCGGACCGCUAAUCCCACCGCACCGAGGAGGCUGUAGUCCGCUCACUAUCCGCACCGUGUGAAUCGACUUCCGGAAGACUACAGGUUCCAGCUCGAGGAAGAAAAUAGAUGCUGCUUUCAAACGCUCUAGGAAAUAAUCGUGAUUAUCUGUAUUUACGACACGAAUAGUCGUACAAAUCUAAAAAGAAGACAUAGUUUUCAUAACAACAAACUAUAUAAUUGCCUUGUUUUAUGUCCUCUUCAUGCAGUCCAGUAGAACAUAAAAACAAUAUUAGCAUUGUUUUUCUUUAGAUUUUCUUUAAAGAUUAGUUUCUUACCGUAACGGUCGUGUUUCCCGGUUGAGUCGUCUUCUUCUUCGUCUUUAUUUCUUCCAAGUUUCACGAACUGUUCCGUCUGUUCAGCCUGUUAAAUAAAAACAAUGCACGAACACCAACUUCAGGUGAGACGUUACUCCUCCCGUCAAGCAGUGUUUCACAAUUCUAACUCAGUCGGUGUACGCGAAGGCACCACGGGUUCCGCGGCGCGAUACCGGUGACGCGUAAUGCGGGCGACUCGGAAAACCGUCCGCGGCUUGUUUUGAAGACAGUUAAAAAACAAUAAAAAAACACAAAAUGUUCGUCGAUAAUUAUUUUUCACGAUGUUUCCGAACCAAAACAUAAACGAUGUCUUUCCCACCGCCGGCGAUAACCGCCCCAUGUUCCUCCAUCAGCUGAGCUCCUCCUUCCUCCUGCGUGGCCAUCCCGCUCUCUGCAGGGCUGGCUUCAGGAGCACCGGCUCCUCCUCCUGCCACCUCCCCCGUCCCGUCCCCACUCCUCCCCCAUGGUGGUCUCUGUGCGGCCCCCCUCCCCCCUGGCCUCCUCGACUCCCUCCUCGCCACCCAGCGGCCUGUCGGUUCCCCGCCGGUUGGGCGCCGUCGUUCCCUCGGAGCGUCGACCCGGGGACCUUUAACGGCGGCUGGCGUUCGUUCUCCUCCUCCUCCUCCUCCUCUUCCCACGCCGACGGCCUCGCGAUGGAGCGCUCCCGCGGAGAAGAGGCCCCGCCUCCUCACAAACGGAGGAGGAGCUUCGAGGAAAGGGAUCCCAGAGGACGCCAGGCGAAGGACGGCGGCGCCGAGACGGAGCGGCGGCGCUUCGACGAUGGAAGUCGAGACCGAGGGAAGAGUUGUGACGAAGGAGAACAGACGACGAAGAAAAACCCGAACCGAGGGAGGAGCGCGUCGCCGCCGGCAACCGCCGGCUCCAAGACUCAAACCACAAAGUCCAGACCGGAGCGGGCCGGCGUUCCCGAGCACCGACCCAAUGCCCGGCUCAGAGGGAGCGCUGGCGAGGAGCAGAGGGGGCGGGGCGAGGAGCAGAGGGGGCGGGGCGAGGGGAUGACGGGAGGAGCAGAGGGACAGUCGAGGGACGGCAGUCGCGACGGAGGGCAGGGGGCGGAGCCUCAACGCUCUCAAACGCUCUCAAACUCAAACCCGUGGCAGGUCGCCGGACAAGGAGGAGGAGGAGGAGGAGGAGGAGGAGGAGGAGGAGGAGCCUGGCCACCGCUCCGGCAGCAGGAGAAAUCUCUUCAGAGACACUGGGAGGUCUCCCCCGACCGCAGUAGCGACCCCCGACCACCGGGCGGCGGCGCUGCGUUUGACUUCUCGGUGAUGACCUACAACAUCCUGUCCCAGCAGCUGCUGCAGGACAACUCCUACCUGUACGGCCACUGUCACCCCGGGGUGCUGCCCUGGAGCCACCGGCUGCCCAACCUGCUGGCCGAGCUCCGGCAGCACGACGCCGACAUCCUGUGUCUUCAAGAAGUCCAGGAGGACCACUAUGAGAACCAGAUUAAACCGGCUCUACAGGCACUCGGUUACCAGUGUGAGUACAAGAAGCGAACAGGCAGUAAGCCGGACGGCUGUGCUGUGGUCUUCAAGACGUCCCGCCUCUCGCUCCACUCGUCCAAUCCCGUGGAGUUCCUCCGGCCCGGCGACGCCCUCUUGGACCGGGACAACGUGGGUCUGGUUCUGAUGCUGCGACCCGCCGACGGCGACGCCGUCAUCUGCGUGGCCAACACACACCUGCUGUACAACCCGCGCCGCGGCGACAUCAAGCUGGCGCAGCUGGCCAUCCUGUUGGCCGAGAUCGGCCGCUUGUCCCGCCCCCCCGGCCAGCCGGCCAAUCCCGUCGUGCUGUGCGGGGACUUCAACUCCACGCCGCGCAGCCCGCUGUACCGCUUCCUGACCACGGGCUGCCUGGAGUACAGAGGCCUCCAGAGCAGCAUGGUCUCAGGUCAGGAGGACAGUCCUAGAGGUCAGCGUUUCCUCUCGGCUCCUCUCUGGUCUCCUGGUUUGGGAAUCGACCAUCAAUGUCGAUACGAAACCCGAAGCUCCACAGAGCCGCCGGCCAGCAGCCCGACAGUAGAGAGCAGCAUCUCUGAUCUCUCCGUAGAGGAUCUCGCCAUCAAAGCCGCCGCCGCCGCCGUCGCUUCUGUCCGAGCGAGGAUCGAGCACGGCCUGAAGCUGCGGUCGUCCUACCAGCACCACCUGAAGCCCGAUGGCCGCCCUGAGAUCACCACCUGCCACUCACGCACUGCCACCACCGUGGACUACAUCCUGUACACCCCCGAAUCCUCGGCUCCUCCUUCACUUCCUGGUGGGCGUGGCCUCCAGCUGCUGGGCAGGCUGUCAUUGGUCGGCGAGCCGGAGCUGCAGGAAGUCGACGGCCUGCCCAAUCGGCACCACUCGUCCGACCACCUCCCUCUCCUCGUCCGCUUCCGCCUCCGCCUCUAACGCCUCGACCGGCAGAGGGGGGGCGGGGCAGGGGGAGGAGUCUCGCCAGACGGCCAAUCGGAUCACAGCGACGCCUCGACAGGAAGCCGCUCGAGGAAGAAGGAAGCGUCGACGGUGACCACAAAUUUUUUUUAAACUCUUCGAGGUUCUUCAAAAACUAAAAACUCUGAACUGUGACCUCUUAGGUUUAUGAGUGUUGCCGUGGUAACUGGACGUUCCUCUAACGGUUUCUAAGAAAACAAGAGGCUGAACUCUUCCACUUUUCUUUUCUUUUUUUAGAUGUGAAUCCCUGAAGAGACGUCUUAUAAAUCGUGUUUUUUAAAACUUGAAUUUAAAAUAAUUUUUUAAGUUCAAUGAGUUAGUUGAUUUAUUGUAGUUGAGGUUGUCUCUUUGAAGCCUCUCUUCCUCUCUUCAUAUGUCGGGACGUUGCUUCACCUUUUUUAGGACACUUUCAGAAGACCGAAUCCAUUUCUGAUCCACACGACGAGGAGGAGGUGUUGUUCUAACAUUUUUGUUUUGGGAAAGGACAUUUGUAAAUAAACAUGGCUGCUCAUCGUC